GCUGGAACCUGUUGCUCCGUAGUUCCGUGUUGUGCAAUGGACGGUGUCCACCACGAUAUAACAGUUGGUACAAAGAGAGGACCAGACGAGCUUUUCUCCAGCGUCUCAAACGUCCCGUAUAUCAUGAGCACUGCAGCCAAUGGCAAUGACAAUAAGAAGUUCAAAGGUGACGUCCGAGGUCCCAGCGUGCCGUCCAGAGUCCUCCACAUCCGGAAGCUUCCCAGCGACAUCACGGAGACCGAGGUGAUCGGCCUGGGCCUGCCCUUCGGAGACGUCACCAACCUGCUGAUGCUCAAAGCCAAGAACCAGGCCUUCUUGGAGAUGAACUCAGAGGAAGCGGCUCAGAACAUGGUGGGCUACUACUCCACAGUGAUGCCCAUCAUCAGACACCAGCCAGUGUUCGUACAGUUCUCCAACCACAAAGAGCUGAAGACCGACAACUCCCCCAACCAGGAGAGGGCCCAGGCAGCUCUCCGGGCGCUCAGUACGUCUCACGUGGACACCACUGUGGCGGCGCCGAGCUCGGUUCUCCGGGUGGUCGUGGACAACCUGGCGUACCCCGUCACUCUGGAUGCCCUCUGCCAGAUCUUCUCAAAGUUCGGCACGGUGCUGAGGAUCAUCGUCUUCACUAAGAACAGCCAGUUCCAGGCGCUGCUGCAGUAUCCAGACGGAGCUUCGGCUCAGGCGGCCAAACUGUCGCUGGACGGACAGAACAUCUACAACAGUUGCUGCACUCUGAGGAUCAGCUUCUCCAAACUCACCAGCCUCAACGUCAAGUACAACAACGAGAAGAGCCGAGACUUCACCAGGCCGGACCUGCCCUCCGGAGACAGCCAGCCGGCCAUCGAGCACCCGGCCAUGGCUGCAGCCUUCACACCAGGUAUCAUAUCAGCGGCCCCGUAUGCAGGAGCCACUCAUGCUUUCCCACCAGCCUUCACGAUCCAGCCUGCAGUGUCCUCCCCGUAUCCAGGCCUGACGUUCCCCGCUCUGCCCGGCGCCCUGUCCUCGCUCUCCCUGCCCGGCGCCACCAGGCUGGGCUUCCCUCACAUUCCGACAGGACACUGCGUCCUGCUGGUCACCAACCUGAACCCCGAGAGAGUUACGCCCCACUGCCUCUUUAUUCUCUUCGGCGUUUACGGAGACGUGAUGAGAGUGAAGAUCCUGUUCAACAACAAGGAGAACGCUCUGGUUCAGAUGUCCGACCGCACACAGGCCCAGCUAGCCAUGAGCCACCUGAACGGUUACCGGCUGUACGGGAGGAACGUGCGCAUCACGCUGUCCAAACACACCAGCGUCCAGCUUCCCCGAGAAGGCCACGAGGACCAGGGCCUGACCAAGAACUACAGCAACUCCCCGCUGCACCGCUUCAAGAAGCCCGGCUCCAAAAACUACUCCAACAUCUUCCCGCCUUCUGCCACUUUGCACCUCUCCAACAUCCCUCCUUCUGUGAGUGAGGAGGAUCUCAAGAUGCUGUUUUCCAGCUCAGGAGCGGUAGUUAAAGCCUUCAAGUUUUUCCAGAAGGACCACAAGAUGGCUCUGAUCCAGAUGAGCUCGGUGGAGGAGGCCAUCGAGUCCCUCAUGGAGUUCCACAACCACGACUUGGGAGAGAACCACCACCUGCGGGUCUCCUUCUCAAAAUCCUCAAUCUGAGCCGGGGCCUCCUCCGCCCUGAAGCCCUUCGCUCGGCCGAGGGCUGACCCGAUGGUGCCCACUACACUCCGAUCAUUCCAACAGUCGUCUUCAGAAACAAUCGUGAAGUUUUACGUUAAAUUAUUAUUUUAUUGUUUUAAAUCUGGGCAGGAUUUGGGCUGCUUAAAGAAAAAGUGAAGGUCAAUGUUUAAUCAACCCUUGUCUGGUGUUCCAGUCUUUGGGACCUAUUUCCAUUUUUCAUAAAAAGAGAAAGGAUGAAAUUGAUUAUUUAUACAGAGACUCACUGGCAUUGGCUUUCCUGUGAAGACACCCUACACAUUUAUAUUAAAUCGAGGAUGUCCGUGUGUGUGUGUGUGUCCGUGUGUCCGUGUGUCCGUGUGUGUGUGUGUGUGUGUGUGUGUGUGUGUGUGUGUGUGUGUGUGUGUGUGUGUGUGUGUGUGUGUGUGUGUGUGUGUGUGUGUGUGUGUGUGUGUUGUGUUUAGGCCCCUGCUGUUCCUGUGCAAGGCUGAGAUAUCGUUGCAAAGUUGAAGCACUGGCACCUGUCUGCACUCUCAUUCCCGCUCAUUUUACCCUCUGUCGUGUGGGAACCCAUCUUUAUUUUCUCACACACCGCCCCAGCCGUAAGCCCUCGGCCUAAUGUCACCGGCGAGGAGCAGCUGAUGCCUCUUCAGAUAGUAAACAGCAGCUAAACCUGCCGAAUAGGGGAUAAAGAUGCCUGGAACCUGAAGGCAUCCACAGGGAGGGUCAUGAGAACUCCGCACAGCGUCUGGCGGAUGUGUGGAAACUGGCAUUGAAAACAAAAAUGAAAUGAAAGGAGGAUUGGACGACACGGGCUAGCUGACUGCAGAAGCGGCGUCCCGUGAUGGCCACUGGCGAUGCUCUCUGUCCCUCUCAUGUGACCGCCCCGUCUCUUCCACGCUUCCCCUCAGUCUCCAAACAAAUUCAUGAAUGUGAUCUAACAAAGAGCAUAUAAGAGCUAUAUAUGCUCUUUGUGUUGCUUUUAAAUGGGAUAAAGUAAACAUCAGGUUUUUUUUUAAGGUAAAAAAGCUUGAUUGUGUUGAAUUUAAAAACCCCAAAAAGCAGUGGGUCUAACAGACUCAUGAACACCACACAAGGGUUAAUCUAAGAUGCACUGUGUUGUCAAAAGUGUUUGCUUGCCUGUUUUCACUUGCAUCAGAGUUUGAUGAACAUCCCCCUUCCAGGCUGGCGGAUUUAAUACGUCGGUUCAGCUUUUACAGCUGCAACAGCUUCAGCUCUUCCACAAAGCUUUGGAGAGUGCUGAUGGGAAGUUUGGACCUUUCAGGACAGUCAAACUGGAUGGUCCAGGUCUUUCUGGACCUUGCUCUGUGCACUGAGGCGCCGUCUCCAAAGGAAGUCAUCCAGAAUGUCUUGGUGCGCUGAAGCUUUCAGUUCCUUUCACUGGAACUCAGGGGCCGAGUGCAGCUCUCCCAGAACAAGCCCACUUCAUAACCCCUUCCACCAGACUUACUCUUGGUUCAGUGCAGUCAGACGAGUCCCGUUCUCCUGGAAACACCUGACCAGGACGGAGAAGUGAGACUGGUCCCUCCAGGGAACGGUUCUCCACUGUUCUGGAGUCCAGUGGCGGUGUGCUUUACGCCACUGCAUGCUACCCCUUGCGUAGCACUGUAGCUGUUGACUGCAGGAAGUUCUCCUCCGCCGUGCAGCUCGGCGCCCUCUGACCCCGCCCUGUGAGUUUUUGGGGUGGCCGGGUUGCUGUCGUUCACAGCCAAUCCCACUUUGCUGUCGUACUGCUGACAGUCCUGGUUGGCCUUAUUGCCCAGGCGGCCUCCAGUCGCUGGACUGUGCUGGAAUUCACUGACCUCCUGAGAGCGACACGCGUCGUCACUCUUUACAGAGAUAAUCUGCAGAGCUGAGCGAACACUUUCGGCAACAUAGUGUAUCAUGAUAGAACUGAUGUUUAAAGCCAGGACAGAGACGCUGUCCUCCAUGUUUUUUUUCAGCCACUCUUGCCUUUGUGACUUUAACCGCAGGUUAAAGUCGGCCUUCCACAUCGUGUCGGCAGCAGUGCCGACGCGUCUGACUCGCCCUCGGACUUCUGUUUGUCAGAUUGUGAAACCAUCCCGCGGCCUCGCCCCUUUUUGAAUGACCAGUUCUGCGUUAAACCCGGCGGCGCCGAGCCCACGCCGGCCGUGCAGCAGGUUUCUGCUCAGGCUGUCGGAUCUCGGACGGGUCUCGAUCGCUGAGGCCCGUUCUGACCAUCGGAUGACCCCUGUGCCUUAAUCCUGGAGUCACAACGACCUCAAAGAAGCCUCUGUGAAUUGGUAGAGCAGGUUUACAGAUUGAAAGGUUUACUGUGUUUCUGACAUGUUCUAUUGGUGUUUUGAGUCCUUUCUUGUCGUGUUUCGUACUGCUGGUUACUGUAGUGUAAACAUGUGAACUGAAUGUUUUUAGCAGGUUUUGUUGGGUCUUUAGUCUUAGAUGCGUUUGUUUUCCUCCUUUGAUUCCUUUCUUUCCACUUCUUUAUUUCCACAUAUGCAAUCGAGAUUUUAUCAGAUAUCGUAGCAAUAUUUUAAUCAUUCCUAAAGCGUUUUGUUUGUUGUUGCACGUUGGUGAGCUUGGCUGCCUUUUUACAAUCCAAAUGUUGUUGUUUUUUUCCUUUUGCUGUUUUCUGCCGGGCUCUUGAGUCAUGCUUGUUUCUGUUGCCUCUUUAAGGGGUUUUAUUUAUGCGUGUGUAAUCCACUACAGCUAAAACCAAAAACGGCCUUCCAGAUGCAAACAAACCCACCACCAGCCUCAGGUUUCUGGUUUUAAAGUUUCAUUUAAAGGAAAAAAAAAAAAAAAAAAAAAACUGCAGUGACCUGGUUUUAGUUUUCCACUGGGAAUCUCCGUAUUUAUCCA